CAUUUACACAACUGUCCACGUGCGUCGGAGAUUGCGCGCGCACGGCGCCUAGUCGAUGGUUCAAUGUCAGUAUGAGAACGAGCGCUCUCGUGCGCACCUGUGAAAGACAUUCAUCUGUCUCAUGAAGAGAAACAUCACAUUCCAGCGCGAGCCUUCUUGUGGAAUGCCUUCAUCUCAACACAUCACAUCACAGUAUGCUUUGUGGCAAAUGCUGGCAUGUACAACCAUGGUCAAGAUCUCUGAACACAAUGCUGUGAUGACGUGCAGCUCCUUUAAUGCACAUAGACAGAAGCCAUCAGAUGAAUAAGCAGCAUUACUACAGGCAUGGAUACAAACCACACGUAUGGAUCUAGCCCUGCAGAUGGGCCCAGCAAAACCACAUGUGGCAUGAUUCUUCUCUCCCUCACGCUUUCGCUUCUGGCCGUACUGACCACGGCGAUGAACUGCUUGGUCAUCACGGCCAUCAUCGUCACACGCAAGCUGCACCAUCCCGCAAACUAUCUCAUCUGCUCUUUAGCCGUGACAGACCUCUUGGUGGCCGUUUUAGUCAUGCCUUUCAGCAUCGUCUACAUAGUAAAGGAGACGUGGGUCAUGGGUCAAAUCAUGUGCAACAUCUGGUUAAGCGUGGACAUAACCUGCUGCACGUGCUCCAUUCUGCACCUGGCAGCCAUCGCUGUAGACCGUUACCGCUCCAUCACGGACGCCGUGGAGUACUCGAGAAAGAGGACGUCUCUACGGGCCGCCAUCAUGAUCAGCGUGGUGUGGCUCCUCGCUAUAGUCGUCUCUCUGCCGCCAAUGCUGUGGAGACAACAAGACGAGGAAAAUGACUGCAUCAUUAAGCACGACAUCGUCUUUACGAUUUACUCCACAUUUGGGGCUUUUUACAUCCCGCUAACACUCAUUCUCAUUCUUUACUACAAGAUCUACCGAGCAGCAAAGACUCUUUACCAAAGGAGAGGGGCUAGUUGCCUCAAGCCAGAGAUGAAUGGACAAAUGCUUCCCAAAUGCAGCGACAGGGAGCCGACGACCCCGGACACCCUGAGCCCUCCGGAGAAAUCGGUGUCUGAACCGUCCACCGAAGGCGACAGAGUGCGCAUUGCCACGAAAAGCCCAAAGUCUCAGUCUCGCAGACUGCGGUCUGUCAGGCGGCAUCGCAUCUCGAGUACGCGUGAAAAGAAGGCCGCCACCACUCUCGGACUCAUUCUAGGGGCUUUUGUCAUCUGCUGGCUGCCGUUCUUCAUCCAUGAGGUGAUUGUCAAUGUCUGUACGUCCUGUGCCCGCUCUCUUGAAAUGACCAACUUUCUGACUUGGCUGGGAUAUCUGAACUCUCUCAUCAACCCCCUGAUUUACACCAUCUUUAAUGAGGAUUUCAAAAGGGCUUUUCAGAAGUUAAUCAAGUGCAAGGAUUGUUUCUAACACCAAUGAAGGAUUUACGUCAAGUGAGCUGAAACUAUUACACUCAAAAAAUACAAAGAACUGAAUUAAAUUGAGGAAUUUUUCUGUGCAAUUAAAUUUUGUCUUUUAAAUUAAAUCUGUUUUGUUUGGUGUUGUUGUUGAGACAAUGAGGCCCUGUUUCCACCUGCUAUUAAGAUGCAUGUUUUGGUCGAUCGGAUCACAAGUAGACGUCGCUAAAUACAGGUGUAAAUGGGGUGCAAAACGUUUCGAGCUUGUCCACUUUCGACCACUUCCAGAGGUAGUCGAAAACGCUUUCGACCGGAUUGCUUUCGUAGUGGAAACGCUCAAGUGGUCGAACAGCCGCAAAAGACCACCUACUGACCUGAUGUGUAAACAUUAUGGGAAGCGCGCUAGCCAGAUGAGAUUUAAACUUUGUCAGCUAAAAUCGCAAAUUUGGUUUAAAGACAAAAAAAUGUACCAAGCACAAUGUUCUCUCAGCAUUCCUGAUUUCUAACAUGCACUUGCAGCGUUCGGCGUGGUGUUGCGGCUGUCAGAGCAGAAAGGAAAGCUGAUGCUCUCCGUAUGUUUUUCCGUCAUCUCCAUGUUGCUUCAAAUGUGAAUUGCACGAGCUUAUUUUGUCCAUUAGAUCGAAAGAUCUGAAAAAAAAAAACAUUCAUUUACCCGCCCAUAGACCCUCCCCUCGAAGAAAUCAGGAGAGAAGUGGUUGAAAGUGGACAAAAGAGAUGGAUCAAAAUACCAGGUGGAAAUGGGUGUCUCCCACAUCCACUCAUAUCUGAUCAACCAAAACACAUCUUAAUACCACAGGGAAACAGGGCCUCAUAUUAAGUCUCCAACAACAACAACAAAAAAAUAGUUUGAAUGAAUUUGUUCUAGUCUUGUCAUACAAGUCAUUUUGUUACUAGAUACAAUGAAAAUUAACAUGCCUGGGGUGCAUUUCUCAAAAUCAUUGUUAGCCAACCCUGGUUGCAAGUUCUGUCAUUACCAACAAAGUUGAAUGAUUUGGCUUUUCCCGAAACCAUAGUUCCAACAAACAUUCGCAGACAGCAUUGCAAACUUAAGUGGUUAGAACUAGAGCUCUCAAGCUGUGGUUAGAAGCCACCUUUCCACUGUCGGGCCAAACCGUUCUUGUGUGCUGAUCCGGCCCAGACGUUAUAGAUACGGUUUCAUUUCCCACUGUGGGGCUGAUAACAGAGCUCUUUGGAAUGUAAUAUAAAUGUGUCAGUCGUUGCCUUGGUAAAGCAAAAGUUUACAAACAGUAUGUGAUCUAAAUAGCAACCGCAUUAUGGAGGAUAGUCAGAUAUUUCUUUUAAGUUUUAUUAAACGUGUGUCUACUUCAUUCAAAUAGCGAGCUUGGCCAGCUACAGAGAACUUGGCAGCCAGGCAACGGACAAGUGGCCAAUCCUGAGUGGCGACAUCACUACAUGGUUAGCCAGCCAUGCUAAGAACUCUGGGCCAAGAAUGGUUUGCCAAAACCAAGCUCAAAUGUGGAAAUAUAACCAGUCCUUAACAAUUCAGUUUCUUAGAACCGCUUAAAAAUGAAUGGCUUUAAUUCUGUCGUUUGUGUUUGUGUAUAACUAUAAUAUAACAUUAAUUCCGAUCAUGAAUCGAUUAAUCAGCAGAAGUUAUUACUCCACCAGCUGCACGUUACGUCAUAAAGACAGUCCUAUAUUGCUGAACCAAUGUGGUUCAAACGACAGAUGUGAGAAUAUGUUACUAUGGUUUCAGGAAACAGUCGUGACUAGUUGGUUAGUUUCUCCAAUGAUGCAUCAUACUAUGGUGGUUAUGGUGAGCACAUUCAUUGUCUGAAGAAGUAAAGGGUUAGUUCAUCCAAAACUGAAAUUGUCAUUAUUUACUCACCAUCAUAUCACAUCCGUAAGACCUUUGUUCAUCUUCAAAACACAAAUGAAAGGUGCCCUAGAAUUAAAUAUUUA